AGCCUCUUUGGCACUAGAUCCCACACGACGCACCAUUAGUAGAUUUUUAAAACAUUUUACAACAAUAACAGCCAAAAUAUUUUAUCAACAGUUUUUUUGUUCUUGUUACAUUUGAUCGAUCAAAAAUGUCUUCAAACGUAUCUUAAAUGUUUUGCCUAAACAGUAGCUCUCCACGUGCGAAUAUAAUGUUUACGUUAAAUUACGAGGAAUAGUACCAAUUUCUAAACAUAGUUAAACGUCAGCUGUCACCUUUAUGAACUGUCACGUCUAAGUCAAUGUCAUUCGUCAUCAACACAUGUGUUUGAGUUGUUGUAUGGUUUUUUAGAAACAUAUCGCAUUUUCUUUAUAAUUCAUAACGUAAUAACUCAUUAAAACAUUCAAAUAUAAUAAAAUCAAAUGGCAAACGUGAGUGAGAACGCAGUGAAAAACAUCGGGAAUGUUCUAAAUGAUCCCUCCAGGCCAAUGAAAGAGCGUUUUCGAGCCCUGUUCACAUUAAGAAACAUCGGUGGCGAAACUGCCAUACAGUGUAUUAGCGAAUGCUUUAAAGACGAGUCCGUUUUGUUAAAGCAUGAGCUUGCUUACUGUUUGGGUCAAAUGCAAGACAGAAGAGCCAUUCCUAUAUUGAGGAGCGUGUUAGAGGACCCAAACCAUGAUCCAAUAGUUCGCCAUGAAGCCGGAGAAGCCCUUGGGGCAAUAGGAGACCCUAAUCUCCGAGAGCUGCUCGAAAAGUAUCAGCAUGAUUCAGCAAUAGAAGUAGCAGAGACAUGCCAGAUUGCAUUACAAAGGUUAAACUGGGUCGCUAAUGACAGUAAAGAAAAUGACAAUUUGUCUAAAAGUUUAUACACUUCAGUGGAUCCUGCUCCGCCCAGCAUUGAAAAUAAUUUAGAGGCACUUAAAGAUGUAUACCUUGAUGAGACAAAACCAUUGUUUAUACGAUACAGGGCAAUGUUUAGUUUGCGUAAUUUAGGAACGACUGAAAGUAUCAAUGCCUUGGGUGAAGGUCUAAAAGCAAACAGUGCACUGUUCAGACACGAAGUGGCAUUUGUUUUCGGUCAAAUGCAAGACGAAAGGAGUGUUCCUUUUUUGAAAACAACGCUGGAAGAUACAAACGAACAUGAAAUGGUGAGACACGAGGCCGCUGAAGCAUUGGGUUCUAUCGCAACUGAUGAAUGCAUCGAAAUAUUAAAGAGGUACUUGAAUGAUCCACGUCGUGUCGUCCGAGAAAGCUGCGAAGUGGCCCUCGACAUGUCUGAGUACGAAAACAGUCCAGAAUUUCAAUACGCCAACACAUUGCUGACUGUCCAAUCUUAGUGUCAUCAUUUUAUAAGGAAAACAAAGUAUGGAUAUGGAUUUCGAAUUUCAAACAAUAAAUAGCGCCAAAAACACUGCAAGGCAAGGAAGUAGAAAGCAAAUAGUAUAUCACGUCAUAGACAAUCUAAAAAAGACAAUUUAAUCUCAUUGCUUCGGUUACUAAUUUCUCUCCGAUUUUUUAAAUACCUUCGCAUUUCGUGUUUAAGGAAUGAAGGUAAAUUGAUUGAUGUUUAAAGAACUAUAUACAUAUUUUUAUUUUUUGUAUAAACAAUAUAAAAUGUAUAUGAAAACAAAAUAUGAAUGUGUAAUGGAGUCUUAAAAACGGUUAUUUAGUAAAUUAGAUGUGAAAGUGAAAUUUCGCUUGCGAUUAUUGUUAGAAAAACAUUGAGCACCAUUUUAAAUUUUUAUUAUUUUUGUUUUAUUUAGUAGGAAUUUAGGUCAUGAGAAAAGUAAAAAAAAACUACAAUCAAUAUAAACAGUACAUCAACAUUGUGCAUUAAAAAGUAAUAAAUUUCAUUGUAAGCUGAGACAAAUAAUACUACAUUCUCUUUUUUAAAACUGGUACCUGCCAAAGGUUUUUAUCAAACAUCUAUCUAUGGAAUAUUUGAUUACGUACGUAAUACACUACACUGUAUUCUGAAAAGGUCUUUUUUCUGUAUUUGUAAUUGUAAAAUUUCUAUUAAUUCGAUGUGACGCCAUUGUAUGUAAAUUAAUAUAAAUACUUCUAAUAAACUCCAUAUUAAAAAUCGUGUCUUUUAAAAUGUGAUAUAUUUUUGUUUGAAUAAAUUUUAUAGUUUGACUAUA